GAUCUACAGAACGUGUUCAGGAAGGUAGGAGACUUGAAAUGUGGGCCACAUUAAAGACCAGGAGGAGAUCAAGGCAGGAUAAAGAAAUCAGAGCAGAUUCAUGAUGGAACAGUCCAAUUCAUUCUUGAUUGUUUGCAUUAGUUUUCUACUUGUUGAAGCUUCAGCGCACAAUGAAACCACAUCACCAAAUAACACAACAACAAAACCUCCAGAAAAGAACAGUUCACACCAGCAGCUACUGACUUCAGUGUUGAUCCUGCUUCUUAUAUUCAUCAUUUUCAUUCUUCUGGCUGGCUAUUUUUUCAGGUUCAGAAAACAUAGGAAAGCUGUUGUGACCUCCAGUGACAAAAAGAUGCCAAAUGGAAUCUUAGAAGAGCAAGAACAGCAAAGGGUGAUGCUGCUCAGCAGGUCCCCCUCUGGUCCAAAGAAGUACUUCCCUAUUGCAAUGGAGCAUCUGGAGGAAGAAAUACGGAUAAGGUCAGCAGAUGAUGGGAAACAGUUUCGGGAAGAAUUUAAUUCAUUACCAACCCGAUGCAUGCAAGGAACAUUUGAAAUGGCAAAUAAAGAAGAAAACAGAGAGAAAAACAGAUAUCCCAACAUCCUUCCUUAUGAUCAUUCCAGAGUCAUUCUGACCCAAAUAGAUGGAAUUCAGUCUUCAGACUAUAUUAACGCUUCAUACAUAGAUGGUUACAAAGAAAAGAAUAAAUUUAUAGCUGCUCAAGGACCUAAACAAGAAACAGUUAAUGAUUUCUGGAGGAUGAUAUGGGAGCAGAAAUCUUCAAUUAUUGUUAUGUUAACAAACUUGAAAGAAAGAAAAGAGGAUAAAUGUUAUCAAUACUGGCCAGAUCAAGGAUGCUGGACUUAUGGAAAUAUCAGAGUUUCUGUGGAAGAUACUAUCGUUCUCGUGGACUACACCAUUCGCAAGUUUUGUAUACAGUCACAGCUUCAUGAUGGCUGUAAAGUUCCAAGGCUUGUAACACAGCUCCAUUUUACCAGCUGGCCUGAUUUUGGCGUGCCUUUCACACCCAUUGGGAUGCUGAAGUUUCUGAAAAAAGUCAAAACAUUGAAUCCUUCACAUGCUGGACCAAUUGUGGUUCACUGUAGUGCUGGCGUGGGUCGAACAGGCACAUUUAUAGUGAUCGAUGCCAUACUAGAUAUGAUGCAUGCUGAACAGAAAGUUGAUGUUUUUGAGUUUGUUACAAGAAUCCGUAAUCAGCGCCCACAGAUGGUUCAGACUGAUAUGCAGUAUUCAUUCAUUUAUCAAGCCUUACUUGAAUACUACCUCUAUGGUGACACAGAACUAGAUGUGUCCUCCUUAGAAAAGCAUCUUCAAGCAUCGCACACCACAACACCACAUCUUGUCAAAACAGGGGUAGAGGAAGAAUUUAAAAAAUUAACAAAUGUUCGAAUAAUGAAGGAAAACAUGAGAACUGGCAAUCUGCCAGCGAAUAUGAAGAAAGCCAGAGUCAUCCAGAUAAUUCCAUAUGACUUUAAUAGAGUGAUUCUUUCAAUGAAAAGAGGUCAAGAAUAUACAGACUACAUCAAUGCUUCCUUCAUAGAUGGCUAUCGCCAGAAGGAUUAUUUCAUUGCAACCCAAGGACCACUUCCUCAUACAGUGGAAGACUUCUGGCGAAUGGUGUGGGAGUGGAAAUGUCACACGAUUGUUAUGCUUACAGAAGUUCAAGAAAGGGAGCAGGAAAAAUGUUUUCAGUACUGGCCAUCAGAGGGCUCUGUAACUCAUGGAGAGAUAAAUAUAGAGAUAAAGAAUGACAAUCUUCUGGAUGUCAUAAGCGUAAGGGACUUCAUAAUCACAUUCAAUCAGGAGAAGCAGAGCAGACUUGUCCGACAAUUUCAUUUUCAUGGAUGGCCUGAAAUUGGAAUUCCUGCUGAAGGAAAAGGAAUGAUUGACCUCAUUGCAGCUGUCCAAAAGCAGCAGCAGCAGACAGGAAACCAUCCAAUUACUGUGCAUUGCAGUGCUGGAGCUGGAAGAACAGGUACAUUCAUAGCACUCAGCAAUGUUCUGGAACGAGUAAAGGCUGAAGGGCUCUUAGAUGUAUUUCAAGCUGUGAAGAGCUUAAGAAUGCAAAGGCCACAUAUGGUGCAAACACUGGAACAGUAUGAAUUCUGCUACAGAGUGGUACAAGAUUUCAUUGAUAUAUAUUCUGAUUAUGCUAAUUUCAAAUAAAACUUCCUGCCUUAUUUUUUAAUUUAAUAUUUGUAAAUCAUGUUAAUUUAUACCAUAUUUUCCAUUAUGAUAAUUCCGACUGUAAAUGAUAUUGUCUGUUUUGCUUUAAAAGUCAAUUUUGCUGUAUAAAAUUAUAAAUUACUCAAAUAGAAAUAUCUUUUAAAAGCUAAUUAUAAUAAAUGUUCAUAUACAAAAUA